AUGACUGCCACAGUUAUUGCGAGGGCGACGGUGCACGGCGUGCGACUGGUGGGCGACGCCAUCUCUCUAGCAGUGGGGGUUCUGUGGGUGCUGUUCACUGCGCUGCUUCGGACGCUGCUGCCCCCGCCACUACCCAAGAGCAUCGCUGGCGAGGUCGCGCUGGUAGUGGGAGCAGGACACGGAUUGGGCCGCGAUGUGGCGCUGCUUCUGGCCACCAGAGGCGCCAACGUCGUCUGCUGGGAUUUCGACGCAGCAGCCAACGGCGACACCGUCCGGCUGAUUCGCGGUGUCAGAGGCAAGGCGACGGGGUACGCAGUGGACGCAUCGAACCGCGACGAGGUGCAGGUGGCAGCGGCGCGGAUGCGGCGCGACGUGGGCGUGGUCACGCUGACCCUGGAGGCAUUCCUGCCUGCCAUGAUUGAUAAAGGUCGUGGCCAUGUGGUGACGCUGAUAUCAGGGAAUUCUCUCAGACCAGAGCCUAACAUGGUCCCCUUCUGUGCUGCACAAUACGCCGUACGAGGUUUUAUUGAGGCCCUGGAAGCAGAAAUUCAACAGGACAUGCGAAUGACUGGCAUCAAAUUUACCACAAUUUACACUUGGAAUAUUAACACCAAAAGGAAUCUGGAGACACCUAGAUUUAGUUACCUACCUGUACUAAAUGCUCAGCAAAUAGCUGAAUCUGUGGUAGAUGCAAUUCUCAAGAAUUGUAAUGAACGCAGUAUCCCUGCUUUAUUGCUUCCCAUCAGCCACUUGCAGAGACUGCUCCCACACAGUGUGCUGCACAUGACAAACAAGUUCCUACAUCGAGCUGUCGAGCUUGACUAA